AUGGUUUGCUUCCUCUUCCUUCUCACAGCUCUCUCUCUCUCAACUUGUAAUGCUGCGAGUACAUUUAUUGACUUUCGAUCUAUUAAUGGACAAUUAAAAGCAAACAAUGAAACAUUUUAUCUCAAAGGCAUUAAUUGGUUUGGUAGUGAAAGUAUUGAACUUGUCGUACAAGGAUUAUGGCCAACAGCUACUUCUAUUGGCAAUGCAAUGGAUUUAUUUGCGAGUCUUGAUAUGAAUGCUCUUCGUUUACCAUUGGCCAUGGAUUCUGUGAUGAAAGACCCUGAAGUUCCAAGUACUCAAACAGCUGGGACCCCUUCUUUAGCUGGUAAAUCGUACUUGGAAAUACUGGAUGUGAUUGUCCACGAAUCUCGGGAACGCAAUAUUCUCAUCAUGUUUGACAGUCAUCGGAUCAAAGCUUCGGUCUCGGAUUUCCCGGACAUUGCAGUCCCUGCUGAUAUCACGCCGGCUCUAGAGAAACUCGCGACGAGAUAUUGUGAUGAUCCAGGAGCAUGGAAUGUUUUUGCAAUGGACAUUAAGAAUGAACCCAAGGGAAAAGCUACAUGGGGUACAGGAGAUGAAGAUACAGACUGGAAUUUGCAGGCAGCUAAGAUUGGGAAUGCUGUACUGAAGAAAUGUCCUCGACUGUUGAUUUUUGUACAAGGGGUGCAGACAAAUAUGAAAGGAGUUAGUGUUAAGUGGGGACAAGCAGGGGGAUCACUGCAGGGAGCAAAAGAUUAUCCUGUAAAGCUGAGUAAUAUGGAGAAACUUGUGUACAGUCCUCAUUUGAUCUCACCGGGUGUGGAUUACAAGGCACCGUGGUGGAGCGACUCGGAUUUUCCCGAUAACAUGCCAGCUCUAUGGGACGAAUAUUUUGGAUUUAUUCCAAAGGAAACUGGACAGGCUGUGGUUGUUGGAUCGUGGGGUGCACAGAUGAAAGACAAGAACAAAAAGUGGGCGAACGCGGUUUCGGCCUAUCUUGACAAGACAUCGAUUGGAUCAUUUUAUUGGGCCUUUAACCCCCAGUCAGCAGACACAGGCGGCUUGGUAAAGGACGAUUGGGUCACACCUAUUGAUGAGCGUGUUGCAUUGUUGGAAAAGUUGCCGACAACGAGUGUCGGAGAUAUAGUUGCGAUUUACGCAAAAUGUAGCAGUACCUGCAAUGGAAAUGGCGAUUGUAAAGAUGACAAGUGCAUCUGCUACACUGGGUGGACUGGACCUCAGUGCGAAAUCUGCUCGGAGGGCGAUACUGUAGCUUGCAACGAUUUGGGAACGUGCUUGAGAAACAGCACGUGCGCAUGCGAUGGUGACGCAACUGGAAAGUACUGUAUUGGCGCAGAGUGCGAUGAGACUACUUGCGGCGACGGAGACAAUGCUGGCUGCAUCAAUGGCGAAUGCACUUGUCUCUACAAUUGCGUUGGAAGUGCCUGUGCCGUCUGCGCUGCCAACGAAUCCGCGCUCGCGGAUACUUUCAGCAGAGCGACGAUUCUGUGUGAUGCGUGUGCUGUUUCUUUCGCCAUUGCUGCCUCUGCCUCUGCCUCUACGCUAGGAGCUGUCAUGACUGCACUCUUACUUUCAUAUCUCCUAUAA